ACAAAGCACUCUAAAAUAUCAAAAAAUAUGAGUACUACAACAAUGAGUUCCUUUGCCUUCGUUAUCUUCUUCUUCCUUGGGGCUAUCGUACAUGUUGGUGUUGCCGUCGAACAUAAGGUCGGCGGCAAUUUUGGUUGGAACCUACCCUCUACUCCCACCUUCUUCUCUGAUUGGGCUAGCAACAGAACUUUCUUCGUUAAUGAUAAACUCAUAUUUGAAUCAAGAUCCAACGAGACUCACUCCAUUGGUCAGCCAGAAUCUCAAGCGGAAUUUGACGGUUGUAUCAAGCCAGGAUUUUAUUUGAAUAAAAUUCAGUACAUUUCUUUAAGCCAACCCAGGCGUCGAUAUUUCAUGUCGACCAUUGGAGAUGAUUGCAAAGCAGGCAUGAAAUUUGCUGUUAAUAUUUUACCAAACCCUAGAAACUCUGCAGCCAAAGUUGGGGCAUGGCCUAUGCUUCUCUUUUCUAUUGCAACUAUAAUGGCCAGUUUGCUCCUGUUCUUUUGAGAUAUAUGUGAUCAACUCAAAGUCAAGUCAAGUGGUUUCUAUGUUUGAAAAUUCUAUUAUUCUUUUCUUAGCCAAUUAUAAUAAAGGAUUAUGUAGUGUGUGACUUUACACAUUCACAUGUUUCAAUAAAUGUGAUUAAAGUAAUGUUUCAUACAUGAAUGUUAAAUUUGGGAUAUUCAUAAA